UGAGGAGGGAGUGAGUGAAAUCACUCUCGCCAGUUCAGUAGCUGACUGCAGACCAUGCCUGUUCUGACCACGCCAGAGAUCGCCACCAAGUUUAAGGAGAACUGGAUGAUGCUUCACCCGGAGGACCAGGAGAACGUGAACGGGGCCCGUGAACCUGGACGACAGCUGACGAGUCUUCAUGGCUGCAGGACUUCUCCAUCUCAGUGCGAACCUGGAGAAGCCCCCAUCGCUCACCCAUCACUACAAGCAGCAGUCCCGGGCUCGGACGGUCCCGCUUCCCCACCAGCCGGGGACACGGCUGCCACCGGAAUGCAUUCAGUCUGGGGCAAACCGACCUCGGCAGCCCCCGGCACCAAGACACUCAUCCAGUCGCAGGCUCCGACACAGAGCCCGGUCGAGGACGUAGACUACAAGACCAACCCACAUGUGAAACCGCCUUAUUCCUAUGCCACUCUCAUCUGUAUGGCGAUGCAGGCGAGCAAGAAGAGUAAGAUCACCUUGUCCGCCAUCUACAACUGGAUCACCGACAACUUCUGCUAUUACCGACACGCAGAUCCCAGCUGGGCAGGUAAGAAUUCUAUUCGUCACAAUCUCUCCUUAAACAAAUGUUUCAUGAAAGUGCCAAGGCAGAAGGAUGAGCCUGGAAAAGGAGGUUUCUGGCAGAUUGAUCCACAAUAUGCUGAUAUGUUUGUUAACGGUGUAUUUAAAAGGAGACGGAUGCCUGCUACUCAUUUUAGCACCCUCAAACAAAACAAACUGCCCUCUGUGUCUGCAAGUGAAGUGUCACUAAAUCCAUCAACUCAAUCUUUUCUGCCUUACUCUGGGCCUGACCAUGCAUCCACACGGUACAUGGAAAAUACUCAUGGUAAUCCAAUUUUCAACUCCUCUGACAACCAGCGAACUGCAAGCAAACGCAAACAAGCCUUGCCAAAACGAACAAUGAAGAUGGCCAGAACUUCUAAGUCCCCUCUGCUAGCUCAUGAUGAAAGAGAAUCGGAAUCCCUCAAGGGAGACUUUGACUGGGCAUCGGUCUUUGAUGAUGUGUUCAAUGCAAAUGGGAGUAAUUUUGAGGACCUAGACAUCAACGCUGCAUUGAACUCGCUGGGGACAGAGCUGGACCUUACUGUCCAAGGAAGACACAUUAGCCCACAGUCUAAAUGGUGCUCCAUAGGCAUGGACCAAGUGCUUGCAGAAACCACCAGCCAAACUUCACAGUUUGAAGAUUUUACUUUUUUCUCUGAUCCUGAAAGACAUCCAUGGGAGGAGAUGAAAGAGGAGUUCCAAGUGACCCCUUUGAAUAUAGAUCAAGGCUUCAACUUCUAUGAAGGAUUCUUCAAUGAAAUACAUCAAUGGGAAAGAGGAGAUACCUUCCUGUGACCAGACUAAUAUUUUCCCCAAAUGAUCAAUCUUGAACCAUUUGCUACAUUAGCAUUAAUGCCUUGAUUAUUGGAUAUGUACAGCUUACGUGAAGUUCCUUUAUACUGUUGAAAAAUGACCCGUUUGUUAUUUUUUAUUGUUUAUAAUUUUUACACUGGAAUACCAUUUAACAGAGAUUUCUGUCAUGGUUAAGAGAAAACAGUCUGAAAUUCUUAAUAGUUUUAAGAUCAUACCCUCUGAUUACAUACCAGAUUGUACUAUUACUGGUGCACAGUACUGCAAUAUUUUGAAGGGAUGUGUUGUCAAAGCUAUUUGUCAUUUCAGAUUCUUUAUCUUUUUUUGAAAACCGAAAAUUGCUCAAUUGCACUUGACACUUUGGAAGACCAUGUUGCUGAAGUGAAAAUAUUAAGCCAAUAGUCAAGUCAAGCAAGCAUACAUUAAAUGGAACUGUGGUGACACUACAUACAGUCAAUUAGGAAGCAGCUAAUUAUUUUCUGAAAUGGUUCCUGGAGAGCUUCACUACUAUUCUUGCUAGUUGAUCCAAUAAUUGUACAUCGAACAAUAUUGCACUUAAAGAAACUUUACUCCUAAGAAGAUUAUCUCAAUGGAUCUGCAUUUAAACUGAUUUUCAUUUCUAGAAACUUACUGUUGCAGUUUUUGCCAUAUGGACUUGAAUUAGAAAUACAGGGCUAAACUUGAGGUCAAAUCAAGUUAAUUUUCUACUUUUUCUUGACUUGACUAUUGAAUGAAUGUUAGUUUUGGUUCUAAGGCUUCACAGAAUCAACAAACUUACAGGAUGCAAGGCACAGGUCUGACCGUAUAUUUUUCCAUACAGAACUUAUUUUACUCAGAUGUACUAGUGUUAUAAAUGUAGUUUUGUGGAAUUGAUUUGAUGACUAACAUGAGCGAAAAUUCUCAAGCGGAAAGGACGUGGGUAAGAUUUGAUGCAAUUAUAUUUGGAACUGCCCUUAAUCAUGACAAACUUGAGGUGGAAGUGAUUGACACUAGAAAGGGCAAUUGUACUUGCUACAGUGAAGCAAGCAUCUUGAGCUGGAUCUUAUAUAAACAUGUAAUCAAGUCAUCAUGAUUCUAUGCAGAACUCCUUUCCUCAUUGUGUUGGAACUGCUGCCUUAACAAUGAAGUUAUGGAGGGUUUCCAUCCUGUGACUUUUGCAAAGAGCUGCUAUGUAUUUCGGAAGAUGAAGUGAGCAACGUCCACUAAACUGUGUAACUAUGCCAAUCUCUUUAAUUCAUGAAUGCAGACUAGAGAAAAACUCAUCGAUCUUUGAGCUGAAUGGAUAAGUAGUAACUGUUAGAUGCUUGUUUUGUAGCAAGAAAAGUGUGUUUGCUUGGGUCACUCUGUUAACUGACCAAUGGAGCAAAUCACCCAUGUGUGCAAUCUCCCAUUUUCUAUUCUGAUUAAAUGCUAUUUGCCUCACUGCAAUAAAAAUUGUGGGGUUUAAAGCACA